AUGUCCAUCCUGAGCAAGACGAUCCUUGAGCCUAUAGUCAUUGUCUGUCUUUUCACCGCGGGGUGCCUCAUCAACCGACGUCGUGACAGCCGCUCCCCGAUCGACGUGGAGAACCGACCGCUGGUACACGAAAAUGGCGAGCCGUCCACGCAAUCGAGCAGUCUCUCCUCGUCCCCGUCGCUGAGCGCGGUGGACGUCGGUCAACAGCGAAACAUUGUGUGGGAACUGCUGCGCAGGUUCUGGAGGAAAUACCCCUUUUUGCCAGAGAUCUGGUACUGGAACUUGACAUACUGGGUGUACCAAGGGCUACGAGCUGUGUCCGCGCGACUCAUUGCCGAAAAUGCGUCCGUGUUCGAGCGGGCGAAGCAGCACGCCCUCGCCGUCCUCUCGAUCGAGCAGCUGCUGGGCAUCGACGUCGAGCUCAGCGUGCAGCGCUUCUUCCUCAGCAACUACCCCGACUGGAUGUCCGUGCUCGGCAACAUCUACCACUCGCACAUCUGCGUCGGCAUCGCGUUCCUCGUGUACACGUACACCUACCUACCGUUCCCGACCUACCAGCGCAUCCGACGGACGAUUGCCAUGGACAAUGCGGUCGCAUUCGUCAUUGUCACCCUCUGGCGGUGCAGCCCGCCGCGUCUGCUGCCGGAGGAGUAUGGCUUUGUGGACAUUCUGCACCCCAAGGUCAACCCAAACGACAACCCGUGGCAGAACAACCGGUUCCAGCUGACGAUUGCGGCCAUGCCGAGCCUGCACUUUGGCACGGCGCUCUUCUUCGCCGUCUCGCUGUACCGGUUCGCGCCGCACACGCUGGUGCGGGUGCUGGCGCCCGUCUGGCCGGCCAUGAUGCUGCUGACCAUUGUCACCACGGCGAACCACUUUCUCAUGGACGCCAUGGUGGGCGCAUGCGUGCCGCUCGUCGGGUGGCGCCUCGAGUGGAUGAUUGGGGAGCUGGCCGUGGUGCAGAACUGGGUCUUUGGGCCGAUUGCCAGGAGGAUGGGCGUGGCCGGUGCCGAGGAGGAGCGCGCAAGGGCUGUGCCCGGCGGCAAGGGGAUGGAGAAUGGGAAGGGGAGGAUGGACUAG